AUGUCGCGGCUAUCUAGCACCGAAAGCGACCCUGACGACCCCAGCGUGGCUCUCUUGUCUGCCCACGAGAAAGAUGGAAACAGGGGCACGCUGCCACGAGAGAGAAAGAAAAAGGAGGAAGGACCCCAGCGAGUGACGUUCUCGAUCCGGGACACGCACAAGGAAGAGGAGGAAAACGACGUUCCGCUCCACAAGCUGCUGUGGGAGGACGCAAAGCGAUUCUCCUUCACAGACUUGCGUAUUUCUGCAGCUCUUGGCGUCAAUCGAAGCGAUGUGUGGCACAACAUAAUGCAGGGCCUGCUCUUCUGGGCGAUGGACUUCUGGGUGUCGCUGCGCUACGUGAGCGUCGAUUCGUUCAAGAACAAGAAGAACUUCUGCAUCGCCGUGGUGACCAUCAUCAUUGCUGUUGCCGCCAUUGUCGCGCUUACCGCGAUCGUGGCCAAGUCGCCGCUGGUAUUCGUGAAGCUGGCCGAGAACACCGUGGGCGAAUACGACCUGUUGAUCACUCCCGACGGCACGCCUAUCGGUGUCGAGCCACGCUCCUAUGACAAGAACGCUCAGCCCGCGGCGAACACGACUGACGGGUCACCUCUCGGCAUGCUGGGAGGUACACGUAACUCCACCGCCAUCAUUCUGGUCAUCGACUCCGACAAAGAGAAGGAAAUCGGGCUGGGCAGAAGCUGGCCCUUCCCCGCGCUCGGCGAGCGACAGGCCAUCGUCAGUGGCCCGCUACUCAGAAACAUCGGUGCCGCCAAAAGCGACUACGUCACGCUCACCAUUGACAUCGCAGACUUGGCCACGGACCUUGGCGGUUUCUCGACCGACCAGCUGGACGCUUCGUUCAAAAAGCUUGUGGCCAUGGGCAUCCACCGGCUUGCCGAAAACGUGACCGUCGAUUUUGACGCUCACGACAUUCCCGGCUUCGCCCGCCAGCUAGAGAAACAGCUGAACUUCACCAUUCCGCCGCUGAUCGUGCAAAUGCUCGUUCAAGCCAUCAUCAACCAGACGCCCGAUCACACUGGCAUCGUUCGCGUCAAUCUUGAUGACAUCCUCAGCGACGCCGUCAUCGACGAGCUGCUCGACCAGCUGGCGAGGAUCAGCUCCGGCCAGUACACCGGAAACGUCACCUACACCGACCUCUUCAAGUUCUCGUCAGACUUGGAAGUUGCCGGGGAGGUGGAGGACUCGUUGGGCAAGUGGCCCUCGGCCCUGGGCACCGUGGUCGUCAUGGAGGCCAAAUACAUCCCCUUCCUCCUCUUCAAGGUAGAGUGGCUGCCGUGGCCCAUCCGCGACAACGCGAGGCUGAUCCGGUCGCUGAUGAGCAACAUCCCGGGCUACACCCUCCCGCCCGGCUCGGAGAACUUCAACGUCGAUAAGCUCCUCAUCAACUUCCCCAUGGGGAAGGAGGACCGCCUCGAGACCUACACGAAGGAGAAGGAGAGCCGCGACCUGGACAUGAUCGACUGGACCAACCAGGUGUCGCUGGGGCUGGGGCUGGACUUCAAGGGCAGCUUCACCCUCCCGGUCUACAUGUUCAUGCGCGGCACCGACAUCCCCCAGUCCUUCCUGAGCCAGAUCCUGAUCGGGCUCGUCGUCAUCCUGCUGCUGCACUCCAUGCUGGUCAUCUACUCGCUGCUGCUGUCCAACACGGAGGAGAAGACCUACGAAUACGGCAUGCUCCGCGCGCUGGGCCUCCGGCACAAGUCGCUCAUCCAGCUCCUCACCAUCCAGGCUGUGUUCUUCUCCGGUCCGGGAAUUGCCAUCGGCUUGUUGCUGGCGUUCUUCAUCAACGUCAUCGUGGCCUACUUCAUCGCCGACUACACCUCAACGGCGGUGAACGUGCUGAUCGGGUGGACGCCGGUGCUGGUCGGGGUGUCGCUGGGCUUGUUCAUGCCGAUCAUCGCCAACAUCAUCCCGAUUCGAAGGGCUCUUUCGCGCACGCUGAGGGACGCGCUGGACGUCUACCACCAGAAGUUCAGCGAAACAGUGGUCAAGAUCGUGCGCCUGGAGGAGAUGGGCGUCUCUGUUGAGCAGACUGUGUGGUCGGUGAUGAUGAUCGUGUUCGGGUUCAUGCUGCUCUACGUGGUGCCGUUCGCCUUCCGCUACCAGUACUGGGGCAUCUUCCUCGGUCUCAUCAACGCCACGCUGCUGGGCAUGGUGAUGGGUCUCGCCACCGUCGCCUCCAUCCUCCAAGGCAAGAUCGAGAAACUCAUGCUCCACGCCCUCAUGUGGCGCGGCGCCAGUCGGCUCAAAGUGGUGGUGCGCAAGGCGCUCUCGGCGCACAAGGACAGAAACAGAAAGACGGCACUCAUGUUCACUACUGCUGUGGCCUUUGUAAUCUUUGCGGCUGCCAUUUUCCAAAUCCAGACGGUGUCGGUCGGCGACAACAUCCGCCUGCUCAGCGGCAGCGACAUCUUCAUCCAGGCCUUCGACUGGAAGCAACCCCUCGACGAGGAAUCCAUGCGCGACUUCCUCGACACCCACAAGAAGGACGCCAACAGCGGCAUCGUCGGCUACACAUGGACACGCAUAUCGAACAUGGCCGGCACUCCCGACGGUUCGGUGGCCGUACACGGGGUGGAGGAGAACAUGCUGGAGUCGACCUACGACCAGUACCUGAUGCUGUCGGCCUACGACACGCACUUCUCGUAUGCGAAGACACCGCACGACAAGCUCGACGUCGUGCGCUCGCUCUUCACCGAUGCGGGCAAGGCUGUGACGUCGUGGGACAAGGACCUCAAGAUUCCGCCCGUGGUCGGUGCCGGCAAGCUGGUCAACAUUACCCAGUAUGCCCAGCGGCAUCCGUCCUACUUCCCCGAUGUGCCAGCAUCGGCCUUCCCCUACUACAUCGAGAGGAACCUGACCACCACGUACACGCAGUACAUCGAUACCAUCGUGGAAACGGCGCAUGAAGGACUCCAAAUCCACAUCGACCAGCCGAUGCAGUUUAACAUUCAAUUCCGCAUCACGCCCGAUGCCGUCAACACGCGCCUCAAGUACCUCGCCAAGCCCAGGGCUUUCGCGUCCAAGUUCCCGGCUCUCUACUUCACCUGGCUGAAGGUGUUGGCCAAGGCCAAGUUGCCCAUCAUCAUCUCCAUCGACUCCUACAACAUGCUCGUCAACCAGGUCUACAAAGCGCGCAUGGACGCGAUGAAGGCCAACCCGGCGCUGAAGCUGCCGAGCGACUGGGUGACGCCGCCCCCGGAGAGGCCGCACAAGGCCAAGCUCCUGGUGAAGCUGAAGAGCGGGGCCACCCGCGACCAACGGGAGUUCGUCAUCAAUGGCCUCAAGAACUUCAUCAAGCAUAACCGC